AAAAACUCCCUUUUAACAGGAAGAAACCUCCAGAAGAACAAUGCUCACAGAGGGGCGGGGCCAUCUGCAGAGAGCGGUUGGGGUGAAAAAAGGAAGACAGGAUAAAAUACAUGCUGUGGAAGACCAACAUGGAGCGAGAAGUCAGCGCUCUCAGGAGGCCGACAAACCUCAGAGAAGAAAGAGAGAGAAAACAUACACCUGUGACGAGUGUGGGAAGGAUUUUACUGAGAAGACUAAACUAAAACAGCAUCAGGUCAUCCACACUGGAGAGAGACCGUUCAGCUGUGACUUGUGUGGAAAGACUUUUUCCUGGAAGGUUGCUCUAAAAACACACCAACUCAUCCACAGUGGAGUUAAAGCCUACAGCUGUGAUCAGUGUGGCAGAGCUUUUACUCAAAGUGGCCACUUACAGAGGCAUCUAGUUACCCACUCUGGAAUUAAGGCAUACAGCUGUGACAUCUGUGGAAAAACCUUCAGUCAGAGAGGGCACCGAAAUAUACACCUACGCAUUCACACUGGACAUGAUGUGUACUGCUGUGAACAGUGUGGCAGACAGUGUACAACCAACAGGCAGUUACAAUGCCACAUGUUGACCCACACUGAGGAACGACCUCAUAAAUGUGACCUGUGUGAGAAGACUUUUAAAUCUCCACAUCACCUGAGACUACACCAACAGAUCCACACCAGAAAGAGACUCUACAAGUGCAGUUACUGUGAGAAGCAGAGCGACACAGAUGGAUCCAGUUCUCAACCCUGUCAUCACCGUGGUGGUGGGAAAGACUUUCGUUGUGACCUUUGUGGAAAAACUUUCAAUUGGCAAGACACCCUAAAAAGACAUCAACGUGAGCACAGUGGAGACAAACUGAAAUACUGCAAAGAAUGUGGGAGAGGCUUCCCCACACCAACUGAGUUAAAACGACAUGAACUGAUUCACAGUGGGGUUAAAAAGCACCUCUGUGAUCAGUGUGGGUCAUCCUUCACCACUGCAAGUAACUUUAAACGACACAAACGAGUCCACACAGGAGAGAAACCGUACAAGUGCAGACACUGUGACAAAAGCUUCUCACAAUCAAGUCAUCGUAACGAUCAUGAACUUCAGAUGGAAUCUCCUGUAAAGAUCUGA